AUGCGGGGAGCGGGCAAAGGCGCAGGUCCCUUUCUGUCCUGCCCCCUCUUCUUCCUCUUGUCCAAGAAAAAUAAAAAUGAAAGAGGAAAGCAAGGUCCAUGGAGAAGGCGGCAACACCCCAUCGAGGUUCAACCCCAGAUCCAGACUGAGAAGAAGAAGGGGACACGAACCUCGACGGCAUCGAUGUAUUCGAAGACAACGGCGAGGUGGACGUACGCGGCCACCAGGCUUGGGCAGAGACGAAGACGGAGGGUGCGCGGUGACACUCGACGUGCGGGCGUGGUUCCGUCCCGUCCGCGCGACAGCAGGCAAGCAGGCGCGGCGGCGUGCCACUCCUCCUCGGUUGCCGCGGCAUCUGGCGCGACAUCAGGCGUGACUCCCUCACCGGCGGCGGCAGCGUCGUAG